GCGGAGAAGCAGAAGAUUGUCCACGUCUCCGCGCUCAUACAGUGUUGAUGGAGGAGCAGAAACAAGAGCUGAACUGUUGAAGAAACGAUUGACGUCAUGUUUCAAGUCUACCCUUGUUGCUAGUGUCCACUUUGAAUAAUAUAAGAAUAUGGUUUCCAGAAGAAGCUCCUGUACUCAGCAAAAGUCAUCUGGUACUCUCCACAUGAACACAUCUCAGAGACGAACAAAGGAACAUAGCAAAGAGAGAAUUCACUACUGCUCGGAGUGUGGAAAGAGUUUUCAUCGUCAUAGUAAUCUCCAGCGACACCAGCGCAUUCACACAGGAGAGAAGCCGUAUCACUGCUCAGACUGUGGCAAGAGUUUCACUGUACACAGUCAUCUUCAACAACACCAGCUUAUUCACACAGGAGUUAAACCAUAUUACUGCUUGGAGUGUGGGAAGAGUUUUAAUAAACAGAGUAAUCUCCAACAACACCAGCUCAUUCACACAGGAGAGAAGCCGUAUCACUGCUCAGAGUGUGGGAAGAGGUUCAGUCAACAGAUUAUUCUCCAACGACACCAGCGCAUUCACACUGGAGAGAAACCGUAUCACUGCUCAGAGUGUGGAAAGAGUUUUACUGUGCAGAGUACUCUCCAACGACACCAGCGCAUUCACACAGGGGAGAAGCCUUAUCACUGCUCAGAGUGUGGGAAGAGUUUUAAUCAACAGAUUGUUCUCCAAAAACACCAGCGUAUUCACACAGGAGAGAAGCCGUAUCACUGCUCUGAUUGUGGGAGGAAAUUUACCGUACAGAGUACUCUCCAAAAACACCAGCGCAUUCACACAGGAGAGAAACCGUACUACUGCUCAGACUGUGGAAAGAGUUUUAGGCAUUCAAAGACUGUGAAGACACACAAGUGCAGUGGUGAAAAUAUGCAUACAUGAAUGUAAUCAUAACACCAUGCCGGGAGUCUGGAGAAAACUGCUUCCAUCCCAGAUUCAAGUCAGAUUUACUUUAGAGGGGAAAACCAUGUUUUGUUGUUUUUUACUGUGUCUACAUCAUAGGCAUAAAACUAAAUGUAUUCUCCUGUUCUAAAGUCAAGCCUACAGUAUGCAAGGAAUUUUGGUUUUGAACUAUUAUGAAUCUGUUUAACAUUUAUUCUGUUAUUAUUAUUGUUCUUUCAUUGAUUGAAUAAUGUAUAUGUGUGAUUAUUACGAUUCUAUGAGAUGUGAAUAACAUUUAUCUGAAUAAGAAGUCUCUUUUUCUGUACUAUGUGCAGAGCAUUGUUAAUCUUCACAAGAACAUGGAGACCCUAAAGCCUUGCCAAUUGUCCUGGUGUAGGGCAGAAAAAAGCUGGUCAGUGAAUUCUGGCUCUGUAAUGUUUGUACUCUGCUUUGGGAAGAACUGCUCUACCCCUACCCCAAACAGACACCAUCUAGAUUUCAGAGACCUGAGCAGUGUUCAGACACCCUGAAAUUUACCGCUUUUUCCUACCUGUCAUGGAAACCAUAUUUGUGACGCCAUCUAACUGUUUGUCUGAAUACCAGAGGAGACAAGAAAAGCCACUUCAAACACAUAUCAAAUCAGCUUCCAUCAGAGGAUUAAUGUGUGUGUGCUAACCAGGGAGUCUUCUACAGAUUUUAAAGUGAAAUUACUGCAUGCAUGCCUAGAGAGAACAGACAUGGAGCAACCCAAUUAUAUUUAAUUUCUGUGUUUUGUUUGUGUUUACAUAUUUUCUGUGUUGUGCAUGUUGUACUUGUAGAACAAAAUAAAAAAAACAUGUAGUAGAAAACCA